GAUGGCAAAAGCUGGCAGCCCCCUGGUGAAGAAAUGACAAGAGGAAGAGUCGAUGAGGAUGACAGAAGAAGUGGUGAGGGGGGCAGGGGUACAAAUGGCAUCCAGGAAACAAUGGGGGGCACCAGAGGAGAUUAUACAAUGGAAGAGGAGGCAGAAGGUGACAUCCCACCAGACGACAUAGAGGACAGGAGAGGAAGAAAGAGAAAGAUAGCGGGUGACAUUAAAGGGAAACACAAGAUGGGCGAACCAAGAGAAGACGACAUGCAGGGUGACAGGGACGAUGAAGGCACAGCCAGCACUUUGAAUAGAAGUAAUGCAGAAAAUCAACAUGAGUGCCACGCUGGGGGUGAGGAGAACAGAAGCAGUGGGCAGAGUGCGAGGUCUGGUGAUGAAAAUGGUAAAUCCAAAGACACAAGCCAGUCAGGUGGAGCUGGAGAUCGGGACAACAGCGAUGAUGAAGAGGAGGAAGAUGAAGACGCCCUUCAGAAUGGAGGAGGUCAAAGUGUUCAACAGGAAGGUGGCAGAGCUGAGAAGAACAGAAAACAUGGCUGUAAUACAGAAUGUCAAGAAAGAAAACUGAGGAACAGAGACAACAGUGAUGAUGAUGAUGAUGAUGAUGGUAAUGGUGACAGAGGAGACCAGGGAAAUGGAGUCAAGGGAAAGAAAAGCAGACACCCUGAAAGCGGACAAGCAGAAGGCCAGCACAAGAGGGACAGCAGUAGAAAUGGGACACGUCAGACACAAGACAGCAAACCCCAAGUGAAGACCCUGGGAACAAAUGGAAAUCACCAGAGCAGGGAGGACACAGAGGUCCGGAGUUGGCCCCUGGCCAGCCAUUCAGUUAGUCAGGAAGAUAAGACGUCAGCAUCAAGUGGCAGCAGCUCCAGCAGUGAAGAAGAUCAGAAUGGAGGCUGGAGGGCCAAUAGGAAAGUUCAGAGGGGCAGAGAAGAUCAACACGGGGACUUGGUCAGCAGUGAAGAAGAUCAGAGGAGUUCUUCAAGGUCCAAGAGAGAUGAUCGGUACAGAGGUUCAGCAUCCAGCAAUGAAGAAGAUCAGCACAGAGGUUCAAGAUCCAAGAGCGAGGAAGACAAGAGCACAGGUUCAAGAUUUGACAGUGAAGACUGGAAGAGCACAGGUUCAAGAACCCACAGUGGGAAGGGUCAGAAUGGUGGUUCAAGAUCCAGUAGUGAAGACCACUGGAAGGGCAGUUUGAGGUCCCACAGUAUGAAAGAGCAUCAGAGCAGUGAAGUAUCCAACAGUGGAGAAGACAAGAAGAGCAGGUCAGGGUCCAACGGAGGAGAUCAGCACAGAGUCGCCAUUUCCAGCAGUGAGGACAGCAAAUUAAGAUCAAACAGUGAAGAUGGGAGAAAAAGUUCAAGGCCUAACCGUGGAGAAGAUGAGAAGAGCAGCUUGAGUUCCAGCAGUGAAGAAGAUCAGCAGAGUGGUUCAAGAUCCCUCAGUGAUGAAAAGAGGAAGAGUUGGUCAAGAUCCAAAAGUGAAGAUCAGUACAGAAGCUCAAAAUCCAGCAGUGAAGAAGAUAAAGCCAGGGGUUCAGGAUCAGGCAGAGAAGAUCAGAAGAGGAGUUCAGGACUCGUCAGUGAAGAGUACAACAGAGGAUCAAAAUCCAAAAGAGGUGGUGAUGAUCAGAAGGGUAGUUUGAGGCCCAACAGUGUAGAAGACCAAAAUGGGCAUCCGAAAUCCGGGAGUGAAGAGCACAUGAAGAGCCAUUUGAGGUCCAGCAGUGAAGAAGAUCAACAUGGUGUUUCAAGAUCCCUCAGUGAGAAAGAUCUGAAGAGUGACUGGAGGUCCAUCAAUCAGGAGGACAGCAUGAGCACCUCGAGGCCCAGAAGGCCAGCACAUCCUUUUGAUGGAGCAAACAAGAAGUCUGGGUUUAGCUCCAGCAACAUAGCAGCAAAGACAAGAGCAUUGAGUCGCCAAACAUCUGAAGGAGAAGCAGAUUCUGUGUUGGGCGACAGCAGCUCCAGCAGUUCGAGUAGUGAAGAGCCUCAGAUGAGGGUCACCAGUUGUGGUCACAAAGACAAGUUGGGUCCUAGUGGUCUCCAUGGCCGAGAGGAAGGCUCCAGCAGUGAAGAGGAUCAAAGUGCAAGAGCGGCACAAAGAGGCCCAGAGAAAGGUGACGGAUCCCAGGGUCAAGAGUGAGGUGCCAAAGGGUCCGGGGGUCACUUAUGAAUCCGUGUAGCCUAAAGUGGGGGGCACACUGCUGGACCACAGGACUGGCCCCCUUUUCUUUGUUUAGUUUCUUGACUUUCUAACUUUAUUAUCUGAAAUGACCAAAGGCACAAGUCCGGUUGCACUGACCAUCUGAAGCUGACCAUCACAUCCUGCCAGAGCAGAACAAGCAAAUGACUAAAGUCCCAAGAGGGGUGGACAGGAGAGAAAGACCUAAUGCCAGUCAUCCAUCUUACCAAUGAGAAGCUACGCCAGCAACAAUGGGUGCAAGACAAGUGCCAGCUCUGGAUGGGAUGCCAGUCCAUUCACCCACAAUGCAGGGCACUGGGAUAUGGAAGGAAAUGUGUGUGUGG